CUUUGCAUCACACCGUCCGUCACAGUCACAGACAACCCUUGGAGACUACCAUCACCCAUUCACCCAUCACCCACAAUUAAAGGCAACCCCAGUACUCCGUCCGUACGUACACCGACAACCACAACCCAUGAGACCAUAAAAAAUCGACCCUGGUUGAUCACCAGGGGUACAGCCAAGCCCAGCGGUAAAAGAGAGACAGGGACAGCAGAGGCCCUUGGAGCCACGUCAUGCACAUCUCCUGGUCAUUCCCGCCGUCCCGGAGCAUCGCAAAACGAGUCCAUCGACGCCGGUGAACCAAACACAUAUCCCACAACUUUGCGACAGAACUCUUCUCUUCCCAAAACCCAUGAGGGCCUGUGGUCCACGGUGUCCAUCGUCAACACACCCCGGUCUCACAUUUCCAAGACCUUAGACCCAAGACCCAAGACUCGAGAGCCCAAAUACCCAAAUGACAAGGCCAUCGUCAUCAAAAACCCACAACCCACGUUUUCCUCCCAAGACCAAUAA